AUGUCGCCUCUCUCUCUCGCCCUGCUCAUCGUGGAACUCUUCGGCUUCUCGGCGCCGUCCAAGCCCCCUCGCUUCGACCGCACUCUGGUAAGCAGCGAGCGAGCGAGCGAGCCCAGCUACCGCGAAGAGGCUGUCUCCCACCUUAUAACAUCCUGCAUUUCUUCUGCAGAGCUGACUUACCCGGCCCUCUGGUUCCUGUUCAUCAGAGAUGCCAAGUCGAACCGCAGCACCAAGCUGGACCAGCCGGUGUCGUGCGAACAGGAGCGGCAUGCCGCCAUCGAGGAGGCGAAGCAGCACCAGUACGAGGGUGCGUUUGUGCCGCAAUGCAGCUCGGCCGGUCUGUACAGGGAGGUACAGUGCCACCAAGCCACCGGUUACUGCUGGUGCGUGCAGGUCAACACCGGGCACCCGAUUCAAGGCACCACAGCACGCAACCAGACACCCAACUGUGGGAGUGGUGCUCGGUCCAAGGUCUCGGAGAUGGGCCCCCUCUUCAGGGGCAGGAAGCUCCAGGGUUGCCCAGGUGGGAAGAAGACCGAGUUUGUCACCGGACUGCUGAAGUCCCUCGUUAUGGACAUGGCCCAGGCCGGCUCCCGUCUAACGUGGACGAGCGGUUCGGAAAGGUCGGCCGGCUUCACGCUGCAAGACCGCGCCAUUCGCUGGUACUUCGGCCGGCUGGACAAGGACCUGAACGACGAGAUCUCCGAGAAGGAGCUGAGGACCCUCAAGGUCUACCUGAGGAAAAAGGCAACGCCCAGAAGGUGCACCAGGAAGUUCAUUGAAUACUGCGACCUCAACGGCAGUAAGUCCAUUUCACUGAACGAGUUGAAGGGCUGCUUGGGAUUCAUCAAAAGCAGAGCAAACAAGCAAUGAGUAAAAGCAACUUGGGGGACGCAAGUUGAGCAAACGACCCACAACAAAGCAGCUGGAUUGAAGCACUUCAGACGACACACUUCCCCUUUGGCAGAUAUUUGCACUGUGAAUUGUAGAAUGAUUGUAAAAAGCAUUUAUAGAUUGUAAAACAACCAACGACAUGUAACCUAGCCGUGUUGGCUGUUGAAUUGUAAAAUACUGGUAUACUUGAGCCUUUGCAACCCACAUAGUUUAGGAACAAAUCUAGUUAACAUACAAUGUAUGUGCUUUUGUAUUUCUGCUGAAGCUUUAAGUUCGUUGUGUCAGCAACUUUUUUUUUUUUUUUUUUUUGACUUAUAGACGAGAUUCAUAAAAGUCAAGCAGAAGGAAUCUGGAAUCUGAGGCUAGCUCACGGCAACAUCUUGCAAUUGUUAGGCAUGGUGACUUGUCAAUCUGAAAUAGGUGUUGAUUUACAAAGGUAUAAAUUCCACAAUGUGCCAAGGGCCAAGGUUCAAACCUUGGUCUGGAGUUUCACUGGGAUUAGAGCGUUUACUGUUCUGUGUCUGUUCCCAGCCUGGAGGAGAUUCUUGGUUUCUUGGUCCUCCAAAAUAUUCC